CUUCUCUCUCCAGCCGAAGCAAAUUCGCCCAAAUCUCAAUUCCAAAUUCCAAAAAACCCUAAUCACCCAACUCUCUCUCCCACCAGCUUCAUCCUUUCACCUCAAUCGCCAGAGCAAGCGCAAUCACUCAGCGCAUCCUACAAUGUCGGAAUCGCCGGACCCAGCGCAGAACCUCCUCAUUUCGCCGACCAGCUCACGCUCCGUCACCGAGACGAUAAACGGGUCGCACCGCUUUCUGAUCCAGGGCUACUCCAUGGCGAAAGGAAUGGGCGUCGGCAAGCAUAUCGCCAGCCAUGAUUUCACCGUUGGAGGCUAUAAAUGGGCGAUUUACUUUUACCCCGACGGUAAAAAUCCCGAGGACAAUCCCACUUACGUCUCGGUUUUCAUCGCGCUGGCGAGCGAGGGCACGGAUGUGCGGGCGCUGUUCGAGCUUACUCUUGUUGAUCAGAGCGGGAAAGGGAAACAUAAAGUGCAUAGCCAUUUCUAUAGGUCGCUUGAAAGUGGGCCUUACACACUUAAAUACCGCGGCAGUAUGUGGGGUUACAAGCGCUUUUUUAGAAGAGCCAUGCUGGAAUCUUCAGAUUAUCUCAAAGAUGACUGCCUGAAGAUUAACUGUACUGUUGGGGUUGUGGUUUCUGCCAUCGACUGUUCAAGUUUACAUCAUAUUCAUGUUCCAGAUUCUGACAUUGGAUCAGAUUUUGGUACGCUUCUGGAAAAUAUGGAAGGUUCUGAUGUAACUUUUAAUGUGUCUGGGGAACAAUUCCAUGCCCACAAAUUGGUAUUGGCGGCCCGUUCUCCAGUUUUUUGUUCUGAAUUUUUUGAACUUGAUAGCGAUGGGAAAGAUAUUACAGUGUCAGACAUGGAAUCUAAAGUUUUUAAGGCAAUGCUGCACUUUGUAUAUAGAGAUGCCUUGGAUGAAGAUGAGAUGAUAGCAUCUAGUUCUUCUUCUCCUUUGAUAACUGAUACUUUAAUUGCAAAGUUGUUAGCUGCUGCUGAUCGUUAUGAUUUAGGAAGACUAAAGCGGAUGUGUGAAUCUUAUCUUUGCAAGGACAUAUCCGUAAAUUCUGUUGCACGUAUUCUGUCUUUGGCAGACCGUUAUCAUGCUGCAGAACUGAAACCAAUUUGCCUUAAAUUUGCAGCUGAGAACCUAGCAGCUGUUAUGCGUUCUGAUGGUUUUGAGUACCUUAAGGAGAACUGCGCGGCUCUGCAGUCUGAACUCUUGAAAACGGUGGCUGGCUGCGAUGAAGAAUGUAGCAGCGGUGGUGGCAAGUCGAGAAGUGUAUGGGGCCAGCUCUCCGAUGGUGGUGAUACCAGCGGCAGGAGAGUAAGGCAAAGGACUUGAUUACGAAAUGCUUGUUGUUGUUGUGUGUAAUGGAAUACCAUGUAAAUUUGAAAUUUCAAUGGAUUUUAGUUUGUCGUUAUGUUGUCUGUAAUCUGUUGUAUUUAUAUCCAUCCAGACAUUGGGUUUGUUUUGACAGCAUAUUUCGAUGCGCCGAUUCUAAUUCCAUCAAUACUUUUAGAACGUGAAUUA